UUUUGUCACUCAAAUUAUGUUUUGACAGACUGGCAAUUAGCCUUUAUUAUCAACAAAGAAUCUGCCAGCACGGGAUUGUCCGUCACUUCUCUCUUCGACACGCCUCAAUGAUUCCAUUGUAAGAAUAACAUGUGAAUAGUCGCAUGUAUUCUCUAACAGACGCCAGGUAAUUCAUUAAAUGGGCGGUAAUCCCGAGGAAUUUGUGCAGUGACCUUGAGUUGGCUGCCUGACGGGCGUUUAGUCAAGGGAUUACACCAAAGAAGACACACAUCACGACAACACUGUUGGACCAUAUUAUGUCCACUCUCAGCUACAGAAACGAGGUACGCUUCUCGGACACUGAGAUGGACCCUGUCACCUUAGACAUAGCUGAGCCCUUCACUGACCGCUCGUCGUCGCUCUCGUCAAGGAGGACGUCUUGUGAGGGCACAAUUCCCCGCAGUAUUCUCAAGACUAGGAAGAAUGUAGAGCAUUGGCUCCAGGAUGGAUCAUGUGCGGACCACGAUGACGUAUUUCAUGGCUUCUCCAAGUCGUUCCUGCCCGGCCUGCACGAGUGGACGGAAUGGAGGACGCAGAUGAAUGACGCUAUGGUUGACCUGAUUGAGAAGCGUCAUCGCAUCUUCAGCUACCCUGGUUCCGUGCGUCAUCUACAGAAACACCAGACUGUCAUGAAGAAUCUGGUUGAGCCGGAUUUCCUCAUCACCAAACAGGCGUCAGAGUUUGCUCUCCAGCGCGCAGUGCAUGAUUACGUCACCGGAAAUGACGGAUUUCAUUUACAAGCGCCCACGUUCAUAAGUUUCGGCUUGCCACGGGUCCGACUGCGGUCUAACUCAACAUACCUUGCCGACGACAGACAUUCUGAGAGCAACACUGACACCGGAAGUAGCAUCGGCACCGUAAACGGAAGUGAUAGUACUAAACCUACUUUUGACAAUUCAAGCAUAACAAAACCCGUUCUAGAGUAUACUUCCGGUGCUGAUUCUGCGCGUGCUAGCAUGACUAGUUCCCCCGAAAUUGGCGAUGCCAAUCGAAACGUUCCACAGCAGCUACCCACAGACAAGACGGUGGUAAUUGUGGCGUCUACAGAGUCGCAGCCGUCGGUGAGUGAGUGCAGUGGGUGUGACACUGGGCGAGGCGGGAGACCGAGAGACACGGAGUCACUGUGUGCUAUCCUGGAUCUCAGGGAAGAUUCGGACGAUGGCUUCUGAACAUGUUACGUCAUUUCGUCAAGCCAGUCCCUGCUAAUCAUACGUGCUAUAUCUUUGUCCAAGUCAGGUCCUGGAUGCAAAUGUAUAUAAUAAAUGUAUUGUAAAUAUACAACUGUUCACCUGUGUCAACGUGCACACCUUGUUCUCUUUAUACACUGCAACAUGUUCUAUUAAAGUUGUACAAACAUAAA